AUGGAGCAUAAGGAAAUGGAGAGUGAGAAUAACAACAAAGAACUCGUCAAGGAAGAGAAACUGAAAAAGGAAGACCAGGCGACGAAGAAGGCCCCCGAAAAUUCCGAGGAAAAUGAAAUGCCGCUUGUUAACAGCGUCUCCUUGGGGAAGCACCUCCUCAGCGGGAGCUCCUUGAAGAAGGGUAUCAGCGUGAGCGUUAGAGGAAGGGCAGCGAAUGCAGGUGCCAACGCGAAGCAAGCUGGAUCGGCAUGGAAAAAAAAAGAUGAAAAGAACAAUGAAGAGGCAGGAGAAGAAAAGGAAAAAAAAAUAGACGACGAGUCCUUCCCAGAUUUGCUGGAGUCAACAGAAAAAAUAAAAUCAGAAUUGGCUAAAGAUAAAGAUAAGAAAAAAAAACAAUUAAAGGAUUUUAAAAAAGGAGAUGAACACUUUCUAAAUAAUAAUCCCGGAUUGGAAAAAAUGAAAAUCAACGGUUUCCCUGAAAAAAAAAAAUUUGGAAUGAAUAUGUUUGAGGGUCAAAAGAAAAAUGAGAAUAGCCAGAAGAAGUGGUUUGAAGGAUCUGCUGAUGUGAGUGGAGGUAACAAUAAUGCUCAGAAUGAAAACAACGAGCAGACGGUUAAGAAUGGUUAUAUUAUGCCCGGGUUUAAGGGGAAGCAUAUGAUUGGCUUUAGGUGCUUUUUAAAGCGCGGAUUGCAGAGCCCUGCGCCACUUCCUCCCACGACGUUGCCACAGGAGGAGAAUUUCUUCUUGGAAAAUGUGGAGAGCAAGGGCGGCAUGCAGAAGAAGAAUACGAGGAUGGGACAGCAGAUGGGACAGCAGAUGGGUCAGCAGAUGGGUCAGCAGAUGGGACAGCAGAUGGGGCAACCCAUGAACAUGCAAAUGGGUCAACCGUUGAGCAUGCAAAUGGGUCAACCGUUGAGCAUGCAAAUGGGGCAACCACUGAACAUGCAAAUGGGCCAACCGCUGAACAUGCAGAUGGGCCAACCGAUGAGCAUGCAUAUGAACCAACCCAUGAAUAUGCAAAUGAAUUUCCCUAUGAAUAAUAUGCCUCCCAAUAUGCAAGGAAAUAACAGUCAGCAGAGGAAUAAUCAAAACAGCCUAAUGGGUAAUUUUGAAGGCGCAUUAGAAAGGGGAGGAGUAGGAGGGGACCAAGGGAAUCACCGAUUCGCGUCCAUGGCUAUGCAAAAUAAUCAAAACAAGUUCAAUGAUAAUGGAGGAAAUAUGAUUAAGGGAAAUAAUUUCAGUAGGAGUGGAAAAAACUUUGCAAAUAGUAAUAACAACAAUAUGCAUAAUGCUGAAGACAUGGUGAGUGGUAAAGGGACGAAUAAGGGGUCAGGGGGACAAGGGAACAAUGCAAGUCACAUGAAGAGAAAUGAAAAGAGAGAAGACAGGAAUUUCCGUAGAAAGGACAUAGAUACUGAGAGUAAUUGGAGAGUCGCCAGUUCCGCUAAUAGGAACCCCGGAGGUGGAGAGGCGGACAAAAUGAACACGGGGGGAGGUAUGAACAGUGGGGGUAAUAACAGCGGAAGUGGUAAGAACGUGAGGGGGUACAACAAUUCCGGCGGUGGUGGAAGUGGUGUGAAUAUGGGCGGGAUGGCCCCAAAUGGGAUGACUCCAAAUGGGAUGACUCCAAAUGGGAUGGCCCCAAAUGGGAUGAACGCCAACGGGAUGAACCCUAACGGGAUGAACCCUAACGGGAUGAACCCUAACGGGAUGAAAGGCAACUUCGGGAAUGGAAAAAUGGCCAACAUGAACUUUCAAGGGGCGGCAAACAUGACCGGAAAUAAUAAAAAUAUUUUUAUAAAGAGUAACGAAGAGGCGAAAAACAACAACGCCUUUAAGGGGAAUAUUUUGAAUAGCAAGAAUGAGGAGAAGGGGAACAGGGCGUUCAAGGGUGGUUUGAUAAAUGCGGGGUCGAAUGCACAAGGGAGUGUGAUGGCGAACGAGAUGGGUGGGGAGGGCUUUGGGAAGAUGGGUAGCUUUGGAAACACGAACAAUAGCAACCAUAAAUUUGAUUUUAACAAGAAUUCCUUUGGGGGGAACUUCGGUUCGGGGAACAAAGUGAUGCAUUCGAUGGAUCUGAGAAAGGCCAGGAUGAGGGAGAUGAGAAACAUGAAUGAGCAGAAUAGCAAAGUAAACGACGGGUAG